AUGAGCAACAGUUUACUUAUCCUAGGAUCCACUGGAUUGGUUGGUGGCCAAGUUGUCAAAUUUGCCCAAACCUCAAAAGAUUUUUCCAAGAUUUUUACUGUUACUAGAAGAAAGCCAGAGUUUGCCAACACUGCUAGUACCACCGAGUCACCACGCAUUGAUACCAUUGUUGAGACUGACUCGUCCAAAUGGCCACAAGCUAUAAGUAAUCUUGAACCUGCACCCUUGGCUUACAUCUCUGCAUUUGGUACAACUCGAGCCAAUGCUGGAUCGGCAGAGAAAUUUAAAGAGAUUGAUUAUGGCAUCAAUUACGAAAGUGCUAAAGCAGCAAAAGAAGCAGGUGCCAAGGUAUGUGUUUUAGUCUCGUCUUAUGGUGCCAAUGCCAAGUCACCUUUUUUGUACAUGAAGACAAAAGGAGAAUUGGAGAAUGCCAUAAUCGACUUGAAGUUCCCAUACACGAUAAUUUUACAGCCUGGUGUUUUACUUGGUGAGCGAAACGAGUCAAAGGGUUUUGGUAAUGAUUGGGCAGUGAAGUUUGGCAAACUUUGUAAAGGAACUUGGUUUGCUCCAUUAUUGCAACCAAUCGAAGCUAGUGAUUUGGGUAGAAUUGCUGUUGAGUUUGCCGAGAGAGGAUUGAAAGGUGAAUUUAGGGAGAAUGUUUUAAAGGUUAGUGGUUCUGAGUUGACUGAGCUAGUUGAUGAUUUUAAAAUCGUUUAA